AUUUUAUCAAUGAAAUGAGAAAUAUGAUUUUUGAAACGUAAAAAAUUGUUAAUUCCUGUAUUAAAAAGUGUAAUAAACCAUCAAUAUCUCUAAGAUGAAGACGGUGCGAUAUAUAAAUAAACAGCUGUACAGUAUUGCGACAGCGAACGUAAAUAAUCAUUUACGAAAUUCGACUCUUCAUGUUCGACAGAGUGCUACUGUGGUAUGUGAGAAUUACAAGAAAAUUGUUCCACUUCUUAUAAAUGUUCGCCAAUUGGGGUUGGGCCCAACCUCUAAGGACUUCGAGGAGCCUCCACAAAUAACAGGCCCAUUGACAAAGGCACACGCAACAGAGCUCGUCCUGCACCUCAAUGAUGAGGAGAGGAAAAUGUUAUUUACCGCUCUACAGGAAUACGAGUCCAACCGUAUCAAGGAGGAGUUCGAAGAUAAACUAGCUGGACAGCGUUGGAGAAGUAAACUAGGGAGGCCUAGCAAAGUACCUACACUAGGGGAUGUCGACCCAACUGGCUCAUACUGUCCUGUACCCGAGGACUGGCUCAAGAAAAAAUAUGCUGCCACAGUACCAAAGCCUACAACAAAGGAGCUGUUACACUUAUCACUGGCAAAUUCCAUCCCGUUUAUUGGAUUUGGAUUUCUGGACAACUUCAUAAUGAUAAUUGCUGGUGACCGCAUCGAAAGCAGCAUGAGCGCGUACAUAACUCUGUCGACGAUGGCUGCAGCGGCGCUCGGCAACACGUUCAGUGAUAUCGUGGGCAUCGGCUCGUCGUACUACGUGGAGCGCGCGGCCGCGUUGCUCGGUUUUGCACCACCGCCGCUGUCGCCCGUGCAGCUAGAUAUGCCUGCUAGCCGACGCGCCGCUAAUAUGGGUCGCGUACUGGGCAUCACUCUGGGCUGCUUCCUCGGCAUGACUCCGCUGCUAUUCAAAGACGACGAGAAGAAGGACGCCAAGGACAGUUAGUGUGUCCCCGUCCUUAUGUAACUUAGAGCCUGGAGGCCUACUACGAAACGAGAAUGCCGUACA